AUGCAAGUGAAAGGAUUUGAGAUUCCUUCUAAACAUCAGUUCAUUCUCAGCCUUAUCACUUAUAUUGGUUGUGGAGCAUCAAUCACAGCUUGUAUGGCUUUGAUACUUUCGUACAUGAUGUGCGGCCGAUUAGCGAAGAUCGAUCGGAAUAUUAUUCAUAUAAAUUUAGCCUUAGCAAUCGCCAUUGCAAAUGGACUGUUUAUUGCCGCUGAUUCCGUCUUCAAGUAUCAGCAUUUAUGUUUUGGUGUGUCUGUUGCCAUGUUCUACACGUAUUUGGCUUCUUUCUUCUGGAUGCUGGUCGAAGGAAUUCAUGUGUAUCUGAUGAUUAUUAAAGUAUUUAAAAGUUCACGUCAGAUGAGGGUAUAUAUGGUGAUUGGGUGGGUAUUGCCAGCCAUUAUUGUUACCCUGACAGCUUUUAAAUUUCAUGAGAAUUUUACACGAGAGGAUUUUUGUUGGUUAUCUCUGGAGAAUGAAGUAAUCUGGGUAUUUGUAGGCCCAGCGCUGUUUGUGCUCGUUGUCAACACUAUUAUACUGAUCGCUACUUUAAACGCGUCUCAUAAGAUGUCCGUUGACGAAACCGAAUUCAGUAGAUUACAACGAAUAGCACGUCUUACACUGCUUCUUAUGCCUAUAUUUGGAUUGACAUGGGUGUUUGGAGUGUUGGCUGUAAACAAACAGCUUCUUAUCUUUCAGUAUGUGUUUGUGGGUAUUAAUGCAUUUCAAGGUGUUUUUAUUUUUAUUUGUUACUGUUUGCUAAACAAUGAAGUUAAACGGGAGUACCAAAGAGUGAGACGAAAAUCUCAGUAUUCUUCAUCAAAGUCAAAUGGUGUUUCAGAGAAUGGGUUUUCUACCUACAUUCAUCCGUAUCAACGUAGGCGACUAAAGGGAGCACUGUCAGUAGAGGACAGUUUAGCUGCCGUGCAACUGACUAAAUACGACACGACUUAUCCAACAUAUUAUGCUCCGGACAGUAGAAGAGAGCCGAGCGAAAAUUUCUCAGAUACACUCACAAAAAGAUUAAAGAAACAGUAUUCGAUCGAGCUUCUGCAACUGCAACAGAAUGAUGCUGAUGACGAUACAAGAGAUGUUGCGUCUGUCUGCAGUUUGUUACCUCACGAGGAAGCUGAUUUUAACUUUCGCUCUAGCACGUUUCUAGACGCAGCUUCGAAUAGUGACAAACAGUCGACAAUCGCUAGUGAAAUGUUAGACGAUAACACACCCUAUAAAACUUUUCAUAAUACCAAUGGCCUUGUUUUAAAAGCUUAUCAGGUGUAA